CCCGGAAAUCCUCAACCACGUAUGUUUCGACUCCAUGAUGACAAAGCGGUUAUAAAUCGAUAUGGAUUUAAUUCGGUUGGCCACAAGAUGGUAGAACUUCAACUCCGUGAUCGUCUUCGACGUUAUCUUUAUCAUUCGGCAAAACUUCAUCCUAGGACCACUGCCUCUCUUCUGACAUCUUCUCCAGACGGUGCUUCAUUGUCUGAUGCGUUAGGAAUUAACAGAAGUUUAAAGGAUGAUAAACUGCUAGGCAUAAAUUUAGGGAAAAAUAAAUCAAGCGAUCCUGAGUCAGUGGACGAUUAUGUUAAAGGGGUAAAAUCGUUAGGUCCUUAUGCUGAUUUAUUGGUUAUUAAUGUGAGUAGUCCAAAUACUCCGGGAUUAAGAGGACUGCAAAGGAAAGAUAUUUUUGAGAAACUAUUGAAUGAGGUUAUAAUUGCUCGUGAUUCGUUGAGUGGUUCACGCCCGGCUCUUUUAGUUAAAAUUGCACCUGACCUUUCUGAUGAUGAGUUAGAUGAUAUUGCCGAUGCCGCUAUGAAAAGUGGUGUUGAUGGUAUAAUUGUGUCCAAUACUACUAUUUCUAGACCAAACUCAUUAUAUAGUGAUUCAUCAUUAGCUUCUGAAACUGGAGGUCUUUCUGGACCUCCUCUUAAACCUUUAGCACUUAAAUCUUUACGAAAAAUAUAUCAACGUACAAACGGUGAGCUAACUCUUGUAGGUUGUGGAGGAAUUUCUAACGCUAAAGAUGCUCUAGAAUAUGCGCGCGCUGGGGCGACUUUAGUACAACUUUAUACCAGCUUUGCAUAUGAUGGUGUAGGCAAAGUAAGAGAGAUUAAAGACGGAAUUCUUAGUGAACUGAAGGAUAAAAAAUGGACAGAUAUUAUUGGAGAACAAUGGAAAAAUUAA